GGCCAGCUACGAGAGAAAAAAAAACCGAAAUCAGCAUCAUUCAUAGACACAGUGUACACCAACAGGAAGCAACCAGGCUAACUGAUAUGCAUGACAGGAGGAAGUGUUGGUGUAGCUAUAUGACAGUAUCAGAGCAGCUCACCCCAUCUUCCUGAGGCUCCACAUAGAGCUCAUCACCGAUCCUGGACAGAGAAUGGAUGGCUUUGGCCAGUACUGCAAGAUGUCUCAGUCACAUAAUCCAAAAGACACUCAGGCCUUGCUGCAGUCCAUGCUGCAGAGACUGAAGCUCCAGCCAGGAAAAGAAAGCCAGGCAUACCUGCACACACCUGUACCCACCACGACUGCUUCCACAUGGAGGCAAGAUGGAGAAAGAGCUGCCACCAACAUCCAGAAAGUAAACAGCAGUCCUGUAAAUGGCUUUGAGUUUGGCAGUAACGGUAUCCCCUCAAAAGAGUUUGGGACCUCUGCUGCGGACAGUAACUUUGGCCUCAAAGGUGGGAAAAUACAGCAACCAGGUGGCUGUGAAGUGGAUAGGAAUCUUUUUUCCUUCCCCUCCCAGAAAGACAACAUUGAUGGUGACACGGGGGAAGACAGGGUGUUGGGACAGGCCACACUGCCUGGGAUCACCCCAAGAGGAAGAGGGCAGCUGUUUCCUGCUGAAUCACUUAAGGAUGCUGAUAUCACUUCCUUUGAGAGGACUGAUAGGGUGAGUUUGGGCAGUUCUGCAGAGACAAAACACAUCCUGAGCAAUAAAGAUGCUGUCACAAGCAUGGGACAGAAUCCGGACCUACAAGUCUGCAAGUGGUCCUUGAAGCCCGCUAAUGUUGACACAGGAAGUAAAUGCAAUGAAGUGUUGCACAUGAAAAAUAGAGAAUUUGGAGCUUCAGCACAAAGUAAAGACAUGCAGAUUAUCCCAACUAGCAGCAGCUCUAGAAGAAAGCCGCGACCAUCUGAGAAUAAAACAAAGAGAUGGACUCAGAAAAUCAAGGAGAGAUGGAAGGACAGGCCUGGGAGUUUUGGCAAAAAGGCAAAAGUAGAAGGAGGGAGAGUAAUGGUUAAUGACAGUGAGCAAGGGGCUGAAAUUUCCACUCAAAAACAGUUAUUGACUGCAGGACAUCUCAUCAACACACCAAAUAAAGAGGAAGAAGGGAUCCUCCCUUCAGUCCACAGCAGUGAUCGCAGUAUUGCCCCUCCUACACACACAGAAGACGCCACUAAUGAAGGAAAGAUGAGAUUGAGCAGUGACUUUGAAUUUGGCCUGGGCUCGUUUAGCUUGCUGGAGGAGAUUGUCACUGGUCAACAGUGGGCCAAGUUCAUAAACCCCAACCAAUCAGCCUACUCAGCCAAUCAGAGACCAUCAGAGCUCCAAAUCCCACCAAAUCCUCAUGAUAGUGGUCAAUCAUAUCUAAAUUUGAACCAACAAGGAGGUGUGAACAACCAGUGGAGCUUAAGGGAAACUGAGGCAUCACCAGAUUUAGAUUUGAGUAUGGCACAAAUAUCUCCUGAUGCCUUUCAAGCUGUCAGCAUGGACGUUUCUGAAGGAAAACAAGCUGCAGUACGGGAUGUUCACAGUGAGGCCGAUCAGUCAGAACCAAUGGAGCAUGGACACACCUGUAGACCUCCUUUAUUUGUAAAGCAGCCUGAAAAUAUUCUAGACAAAUUAGCGCUAAAUAGCAGAGUCCACCUCAACAGGAAGAGACAGCAUCAGUCAGCUGAGAGGAGAGACGAGAGGCUACAAACUGAGAAAAUAAGUAAUGGAAAAGAGGCAUACAGAGAGGGGUCCAUAUCUUCACUGAGCCUAACAAGCAACCACGCGAUGGAGGAGACAGGAGAGUCACAACAUGAUAACAUCAAGCCUUUAUACACCCGGAACUCUAAUCCUCCACCUCUCUCUCCAUCUACUCUUUUUGCUCCUGCACCCCGGGGUGUCCUCAAACAUUCCAUAUCCCAGGAAUCACAGUCCUCAAUGGGAACAGUGACAAAAAGGAGGCGAGUCGAGGUGAACCGGCGGGUUCGUUUUUCCGAGGAGGUGGUGGCCAUAACGCCUCCAGAGCUGGACCCGGAUGCCACAGACUCAGAGGAGGAUUCAGGUGCAGAGGAGGACUCUGUUAUAGAGCAGGAGUGUGAGCAGGAGGAGGAAGAAGAGGAGCAGGCAGGGACAAAGAGGGUGGAAGCACCAACACGCCGGCCUGCUCUCCCUGCCUGGAUACUGGCUCUGAAGAAGUGGAACACAGGGAAGAAGGACAGACAGGGACUGUAAAACUGCAUUACGCAUAAAGGCUCACAGACAUUCUUUAAAAUGAUUUAUUGUGUUCUUUUCUGGACACCUAAAGCACCACUGUGUCUUAUUGCUCCUCUUGCCUUUCUACACCACCACUAUUCAAAAUUAUAAUUCAGCAAGUGCUGAGAGUAUUUCAAGCCUUUGCAGCUAGAGCCAUUGUUUGACCCUCAACUGUUUGUUUUCUGUCCAUGCUCUCUGCUCUGUCUGUUUCCAGACUGGAUUAUACUCUCCCAGUGUGGCAUCAGCUGCAUAUAACUGUUUAGUCGAUUUGGUUGCUGGUGUAAAUAUUCUUCAAGCAGCUUUUAUCAGAAAUGUUGUGUUGUCCUCCUUUUCCUCAUACUUAAAUAUCACACUGACCAGCAGCAUACUGGCUAAUGGCUCCCUGUCCAGCCAUCCUGGGAAAUUAACCCCAAAGGAGGAAUGAGUGUUGGCUGAAGCAGUGGCUGCAGACUGUCGGCUGUUCUCGGUUCAGGUCUUGAAAUGUUAAAAGCCCUAUUUUAAAACCAUUUUCUCGCGGAGUUGGAGAGAAACUAUUAGCACAGUUUGAUGGAGUUGUACAGUUUAGUGUGUCGUGAUACUUUCAUUGACAUGAUAGAUAUAGUAUGAAGUAGAAAAGAAGUAUCAAAUCAAUUCCUCAAUUGGUAUCACUUUAAGGAUACAGGUAUUGUUACUGCAUCAAACAUUUUUAAACGAUACCCAGCCCUAGUUAACACACAUUUUGUCCGCAUUUUCAUCCACUCAAAAUGAAAAACUAGAUAACAAAUUUCUUUCUCUGGCUUACUCAUCCCAUUUAUUAAUUCUUCUAAAUAGGGAUCAUCUAUGUCAUGUCAUUAUCUCUUAUUAUGUUAUCAUGUCAUCAUCUAUUUUCAUGAUUUAUUUUGCCUUCAAAUACUGUUAUAUUUGUUCCUUCUGUGCAUAGACAAGCUGUAGCUUUGCUUCAAGCAGUGACCAGACACAACAUUCUGAGAUGUGUACUUUAUGGUGCUGUGUAUCAUAUUCUGUCAUUUCCAUUACAUGCAUUAUAUUGAUAUAAUUAGAAAAUCUAACUAACUGCUGUCAAUUCCUCUGCGGUCUCCAUUCACAUUUAUCUUCUCUCAUAAAUCAAUGUCAGAGCCAUUAGGAGGCUCUUUAGCUGAUCUAUUAGUGCCCUGGAGUUUGUGUAUGACAGGAAAUACAGAGAAUUACGUAAAUGUCUGAGAUGACAAUGCAUGAGUAAACCAGAGAAAUAAACAGAUA